AGGGCACGGGAGAGUUGCUCGUCGAGGGAGCGGCGUGCGGCCGGCCGACGAACGCCGGAGAGAUCUCGGAGCGGUGCGCGCCGCGGAGGCUGUGACGGGAACGGUGCGUUUAGUGACGCCAGACGCACCAGCACGCGAGCAGCAGGUCUCGUACCGCACGCGCUGCGUGGGAUCGAGAGAGAAAACGCAGGCAGGUGAAGGGAGGAAAUCGUGCUUUUGACCUCUGAAUGCCAGACCGGGAUCGUGGCGGACGGCUGGAGACGGACUAUCAACCCCCACCGCUGCUGCAACAACAACGUUUCUCUGAGACGUCGCGCAGGGAGUCCCUGCGCCUCGGCCCGGCGGCCCAGCGGUUGUGGCGUGAACUCGGCGCCGCGGCUCCUGCCACAACUCUCCGUGGCGCGGCGCAAGGGGUUAACGGUCGCGAGGCGAAGCUCGCUCCAUCGCUCCAUCGCUCCCUCGCUGCCUCGCUCGUGUUCGCUUCAACAAGGUACUGAUCUGUGCGGAGUCUGUGGGCCGGGAGCUCCUAUCGCGGCGUCCAAAGGGCGGGGAGCGUGACGCCUAAUUGAACUUCAAUCCGCGGCUCUGCGCCAUGACUGCAUCUACAUCAGCCGAUCGCACCGAGCGUAAAAACUGAGAUGCACUGCAGAGACUCCAGGGGAGGCGGCUCGAACUGAGACCAAAAGCACUUCGGAAUGCUGCGCGGCAGUCGACCGCGCGAGCCAGAGUGGAACACAUCUGCACUGCGGCCUCGCUGAUAUUCGAUACCACCGAGGAACUGUCCACUGUACUUUUUUUUUUUACUUUAUUUUACGAGCCCCCGUUUUGACAAAGUGCAGAGACCGCCGUGUCGCCGUGCGCCUGUCGUGGACUUUGCCCCACGGAGGCGGGAGGCUGGACGGAGGAGGGCGGCGCUGUUCUGGAUCCGCGGAGUCCGCGAGCGCCGAGCGGCGGCCCCGUCGGGCGGCCGGCAUGGCGUCCAGCAGCAGCACGUGCUCCACCCCGAGCCCCAAGGGUCACCUGCCGGCCUACGCCGCCGGCGCCUACCCCUUCCUCUUCCCGGGGUCCGGCGGCGGGGCCAUGUCGCCGCAGAGGCUGGGCGGCCUUCACCCACUGCACCAGAUGUCCGUCAGUGGCUACAGCACGCCGUCUCCGGCAACCGUGGAAAGCCAGAGCAGCGGCUCGGAGGAGAUCAUCCCGAGCCCCCCGUCGCCGCUGCCGCCCCCGCGCGUCUACAAGCCGUGCUUCGUGUGCCAGGACAAGUCGUCGGGCUACCACUACGGCGUGAGCUCGUGCGAGGGAUGCAAGGGCUUCUUCCGACGCAGCAUCCAGAAGAACAUGGUGUACACCUGCCCCCGCGACAAGGGCUGCGUGAUCAACAAGGUGACGCGCAACCGCUGCCAGUACUGCCGCCUGCAGAAGUGCUUCGAGGUCGGCAUGUCCAAGGAGUCCGUGCGGAACGACCGGAACAAGAAGAAGAAGGAUGUGGCCAAGCAGGAGCCCUCGGAGACCCUGGUCAUGCCGGCCGAGAUGGAAGUCCUCAUCGAGAAGGUCCACAAGGCCCACCAGGAGACCUUCCCAUCGCUCUACCAGCUGGGGAAGUACACCAUGAACUCGAGUGCCGACCACCGCGUGCAGCUGGACCUGGGCCUGUGGGACAAGUUCAGCGAGCUGGCCACCAAGUGCAUCAUCAAGAUCGUGGAGUUCGCCAAGCGCCUGCCCGGCUUCGUCAACCUCUCCAUCGCUGACCAGAUCACGCUGCUCAAGGCCGCCUGCCUCGACAUCCUGAUCCUGCGGAUCUGCUCGCGCUACACCCCGGAGCAGGACACAAUGACGUUCUCAGACGGCCUAACGCUCAACCGCACGCAGAUGCACAACGCGGGCUUCGGGCCGCUCACCGACCUCGUGUUCGCCUUUGCCAACCAGCUGCUGCCCCUGAGCGUGGACGACACGGAGGCCGGCCUGCUCGCCGCCAUCUGCCUCAUCUCCGGAGACCGGCAGGACCUGGAGGAGCCAGAGAAGGUGGAGCGGCUACAGGAGCCGCUGCUGGAAGCCAUGAAGGUGUACGUGCGCCGGCGGCGACCCGACAAACCACACAUGUUCCCCAAGCUCCUCAUGAAGAUCACCGACCUACGUGGCAUCAGUGCCAAGGGUAUGGAGCGGGUGAUCACGCUGAAGAUGGAGAUUCCGGGCUCCAUGCCUCCCCUCAUCCAGGAGAUGCUGGAAAAUUCGUACGGCUCGGAGGCAGGGGGCACGACCAGCGGAAGCUCGAGCCCCGGCACGCCCGAGGCCACGCCGCCCACGGCCGGCACGCCCGAGCCGGCGCACGACGCGCCGCACGGGAAAGGACUAACGCUCACGCAGAAGACGAGCUCCAAGAUCUCGCAGACCCCUCCCGUGGCCGGCAACUGAUGCCCCACGCGACGGUGAAGAGCCGCAAGCAAUUGGACUCGUGCAGGAAGUUGACCUUUCUGUCGCACGCGAGCGAAACUUUUCAAGGUCGAUUCAAAAAGAGAAAAAAAGCGUUGUUUUAUAAGACUGUUAAUUGUUUGAGCCAACGGCUCCAUAUAAUUAAGAACUUUUAUGAGUGUGAACUUUUUUCAAAAUCCCGUCAUUAAAAAAAAACGGGUUCAUCGUUGGGAUUUUGACCACUGGAAGAUGCGUUGCAGAAGACGGCUCCAGGAAGUGUUUUCCAGCAAUGUCAACGUGCACAUGAAGGUGGUGUUUGUACUGUUGCUCAAUUUCACAUCUUGCAGCAGCAGCAAACGUGUUAUCAAAGGUGAUUGCUGCAGCUUUCAAGUGGAGCCAAUUCAGGUGUCACGUUGGCCAGAUUUAGUGAGAAUGGUUGAAUAUCCCAAGUUUGAACACAUGAAGAAAUUACGAGCAUUCUUUUUUUUUAUGAAAAGCACUGCUUUAGUUAAAACAAUUGUUUUCUAAUGCCUUCUGAAGUUCAGUUAAUAGUGCAUUUGUUUUAAUAAAUAAUACAUCUGGGCAAUUGGUUGACAAUGUCUUUUCUUCAAUGUAUUUUCAAGUCUCACUAAAGGUGCAAUGUUUAUUGUGGACUAACACAAAUUGGCCGCAAAUGACAAGUCUGGGAUUACAUCAUUUACACGGGACAUAAUUAUUUUGUAUGCAAACCAGAUUAGUUUGGGAGGCCUGAAUGCGAGUUCACAGGAGGAUGUGAAACGCCCUCUGGGUCUUUCCCACCCACACAGGCAAGAGCUUUGUCAACACCAGCAUUUAUAGAGUAUUACAUUCAGCUAAGAGUGCGAGAAGCAAAGUAGGUCGAGCCGAAACAUUACUGCAGUUUGAGAGGGCUGCUUGUUCUUGUUACGACGGUAAAUAAAUGAAAGUAAUAAUUUUUUUGUUUCCAAAACACAAGUCACUUUAAUAUUUUUGUACCGAUUUUGAAAAAUGAAAAAAAAAAUAUCAAAUGAAAUGUUUCGCAAACUACUGUUUAUUGAAUCUUUCAGAUGUCUUGUAUCUAUGAGUUGUACUUUUAAAAAGGUUGUGGGGGGGGGUGUAAAUGUCAUUUUGUGAUGUUUUAUGCCUUCCUUCAGGUAGUGAAGGAUGGAGGGAUGUCUAAGAUAAUUGUAACGACUGUUGCCAUGGGACUGUAACAUAUUUGCCUUUUCAAGUAUUCAUGAGCACGUCAUGUAGGUCUUACGCCGACGAGUAGUCUUAAUUUAAUGAAUAAUUUGCAAGUAUUUUGAGCACAUGUAUUUUACUACACUGAAGGAUUUUGUGGAAAAGUUUAAAUUAGCCACUUUUCUACUUCCUCACAUUAAAUUGUAAUCAUGAAUCCUAAAAACUUUGUAACCGACUUUCCCCAUUUUGUUUUAAUACGCCAAGGCAUUUCACUACCGUAUGUUUACACUCGUCACAAGCAGGGUUUUGAAAAUAAUCGUUCACCAUUUUAUGCAAACCCUCACUUCAUAGAUGAAUGUUGUGAAAGAAGGGGUUGCGUGGAGAAUUGUUUUGUAUGUUGUCGAGCCCUCUGGUUCAGUGGGCCUCUGUGUCACCACGUGUAUUCUAUUUGCUGAAAACAUGUAAACUGCCAUAACAGAAAUAGGUUUUAUUGGUUUGUAGAUUUGAGUCACUUGUGGUUAUUUGUAUAUACUUUAGCUAAAAGUCCCGAAGUUCAGAUGAAACAUUGCAACUUUUCUCAACCUAUCAACAGAAAAAUAAAGUAUAUUUAUCUUAAUGUACUUCAAGAAAUGUUAUGGUUGGUCAUUACAGAACAUUUGGAACACUGGUUGACUGAAUUAAUGAGUUACUUAUCUGGUGCUUAACUUGAGCAUGCUAAUCCAUUUAUUCAUUGUAAUAUGAAAUUAACUUUAGCAUUUUUAAGAUUAAAAUGUAAAUUUUGGCCAAAUCUGACUUUCAAAUAAGUAUUGUUAUCCAAGUUAUAUUUAAUAAACAGCACAUGUAUGCGACAUGAUUGCAACCUGGAAAAUAGUUUAAGGUCAUAAUUUUGUGAAAAUCUAUGGGAACUGAUACAACUAUAUAAAAUUACUUAUGAUUUCAUCUAAACACAUUACGAUUAAUGAUAAAAAAGUAUAAUCUGGCACUGAUACUUGCAGCCAACAUGGCCAGGUGCAAAGUCACUCAGUUCAACACACAAUAAUGUACGUAAGAAAAAACGUUUUAUUUUUCAAAAAGUAAAAGUUAUAAAGAGUAACAACUUAAAAAGUUUGCUGGAAAAAAGACUGAGACAAACUAAGAGAACACCAUCUCAAGGAGUAGUCAAUACAGGUUUAGAGAAUGGAAGACUUGCAGGAGUCACAAUAUACA